CUACCCUCGUGUCAGUCUGUUCAACCUGAUCAAGUGACGUGGAGCUUUUCAUGCCAGCAGAAUCAAAUCACUUUUUCAAUGGGUGACUCUGACAAUUCUGCUUCCCCAAGUCCCGUCAAGACGGCGGCCAAGUUGAAGAAAAAGUUUGCUCCCGCGGCAAGCGGCCCCAGUACUCUGUCUAUGGUAGUGGAUGCCAUUACCACACUCGAUGAUGGCGCCAAAGGGUCAUCGGUUCCCGCCAUGAAGAAUUUUUUGGUGGAGAAAUACCAAGUCGACCCAAAUAUGGUGCGAACUCGGCUCCGUAAAGCGCUAGAGAAAGGGAUUGCUGAAGGAAUUCUUAUCCGACCAAAAAAACACAUAGAAGCUGAGGGAAACAAGGCAGGACUAAGCGGCAGGUACAAACUAAAUAAACUGCAAAUUGAGAAGGAAAGAAAGGCAAAAGAAAAGAAAGUUAAAGAGGCUGAGAAGAAGAAAGAAAAGGCGGCAGCCGAAAAAUCCAAAAAGGUUAAAUCUUCCAGCAAAUCAGAAGAAAAAUCUUCCAAAACCAAGGACGGGAAAUCUGUAAAAAUUAAGAAAAAAGUAAGCGACACUGAUAAAUCGCCUAAACCCAAAAAGAAAACUAGUAGCGAAGAAUCCCCCAAGAAGAAGGUCAGCAAAACAAAGACGAAGAUGGACUCUGACCAAAAGAAAACCCAAAAGCCAACAAAAAAGACGAAGUCCCCUGCCAAACCCAAGAUAUCCACGGGACAAAAACUCGACUCAAAGAGUAAAGAAAAGAAACCCAAGGUGAAGAAGGCUUAGGUGUUAGUUCCACAAGGGAAGAGCAAUUUUUUUCUUUUUUUUUUUUUUGGGGGGGGGGGGGUAGCAGCAGCUGGACUGUUUUAAACGUGUUGGAUACAUUUUAGCUUGUAAUGCAUUUUACCUGUGUAGAUAGACAAUGAUGAACUGAUUCUGGAUAGUGGUGUUGAGUUGUGGAAUGUAGAUUAGAUAAAAGGUGUUUAAUUGAUCUAAUCCAGUUGAUCUACACUGCUUAUAUAUCUCAUUUGCAUAAAUUGGACAAUAAUGCCAUGGAUAUGUACAAUUUUAACUGUCAUUGAAGAAUGUUUUAAUAAAUACUUUGCCUUAGUACAAGAGCAACAA